GGAUUUGCAGGUGGUGCCUUGUGUCGAAAGUCUUCCCGACGAGAGGAGGUCGGGCGGCGCGUCCCGUGAAGUUAUAGCCACGGCGGUACAAGAUGAUUUGGCGGAUCAAAUGGUGUAGCCCAGCGAAGGAAAGAUCUGCGGUUCGAGCCUUGCGUCGAAAGUCUUCCCGACAGGAGGUCGGGCGGCGUGUCCCGCAAAGAGUGUGCGGCGGUGCAAGAUGGUUAGCAGAUAAANAAGAAAGAGGAUCUGCAGGUGGUGCCUUGUGUCGAAAGUCUUCCCGACGAGAGGAGGUCGGGCGGCGCGUCCCGUGAAGUUAUAGCCACGGCGGUACAAGAUGAUUUGGCGGAUCAAAUGGUGUAGCCCAGCGAAGGAAAGAUCUGCGGUUCGAGCCUUGCGUCGAAAGUCUUCCCGACAGGAGGUCGGGCGGCGUGUCCCGCAAAGAGUGUGCGGCGGUGCAAGAUGCAUUUGCCGCGCGGCUGAGGCUGCGUACCCGAGGACGGAGGAAGAGCUGAUCGCCGUCGUUGCCGCUGCCACCAGGGAGAACCGGAAGAUGAAAGCGGCCACCCGGUCCUCCCACAGCAUCCCCAAGCUGGCGUGCCCUGGCAGCGGCAGCGGCGACGGUCUCCUCAUCAGCACAAUGCACCUCAACCGGACGUUGAAAGUUGACAAACAGAGCAUGACCAUGACGGUGGAGAGCGGAGUGAGUCUCCGGCAACUGAUCAACGACGCGGCGGAGGCGGGCCUGGCGUUGCCUCACACGCCGUACUGGUGAGGGGAAUGAUGGGCACCGGAGCUCACGGGAGCACGUUACGGGGCCGAGGGACCGCCUUUCAUGAUCACGUUGUCCGCGUUCGGAUUGUAACUCCGGCGUCGCCGGAGGAGGGCUAUGCGGCCGUCAGGCAACUCGAGGAAGAUGACCCGGAGAUCAAUGCAGCUAGGGUUUCCCU